GUUGCUAUGUGACAUCGUGUAAACAAAAGGAAGGGUUGUGAAAAAAGUGCAAUCAUGUGCGCGAGCAAAGAACCCCCUAAGAUGAGCUGCUAUCAUGGGGUAUCUAAACCAAUUUAUAUUGACGAGGAGCUUCUGCAGGUGGCAGUUCUGGAGCAAGGUCUUCAAGAGCCAGCUCAACGUAUUAUCGAAGCAGAGGGAAUCCAAUUUAAUGAGGCCCGCAGGUUGAGUCUGGAAUACAGAAACAUCCAGAAGAUUGACCACCUAUGGGAGUUCACGUCGUUAACCAAGCUCAAUUUGAACAACAAUUUCAUCCAGAAGAUGGAGGGAUUGGACCAUCUCGUCAAUCUAAAAUGGCUCAAUCUGUCCUUUAACAACAUAGAGAAAAUAGAGGGUCUAGAGGGUCUUCAGAAGCUGGAAGUACUAAAGUUGUCCAAUAACAGGAUUUCGUUGAUUGAAAACAUGGACAGCCUGGUGGAGCUCACUAUUUUAUGCCUUGCAAACAACCUCCUGCAACACCUCGACAAUGUGGUUUAUCUCAGGCAGUUCAAGAAACUCUUCACCCUCAAUAUCUAUGGAAAUCCCAUCCCCGAGGAGAACUCAGAGGAUAAAUACCUGCUUUUCAUUGCUGCUUACUUUCAACAGCUGAAGUUCCUGAACAACAUUUUCCUCAAUGAGGAUAUAAGAACUAGGGCAUCCAUUAAGUACAACCUUGACAUUGAGAAGAUGAACCAGGGGGAGUUACAGCGGCAGCAAGCUGCUGAGGAACAGCGGAGACAGGAAGCUGAACUACAACUGCACGAGGAUGCCUUUGUGGAACAGAUGAACGGCUCUCAUCUGUAUAACAACAUAUUCCAGAAUGAUACAGAGGCAGACAAGCUACACUGCCUCCCGGGGGUAGAUGAGUUACUUGAGGAAUUUGAGAAGCAUAUCGUGGAUCUGUGCAACCAGUUAUUUGAGAUCGGCUUGGCCGAGCACAGGCGACGAAAGGCCGAGAUAGACUUAUUCUUCAGGCGACAUAAGAUUGACGUGACGGAGAGCCAACGCAAAGCAUCCAGACUGUUGGCUGAUUUUGAGAAGCAACAGAAGCAGAGAAUAGAAGAACUGCAAGAGUUAUCAGAUGAGAAAGAAAGGAAGAGCAAAGUGGAUGCCUGCCACAGUGAAAUCAAACUUUUGUGUUACAACCUGAUGACAGUGGAGUUUCAACUAUACAGCCACAUGGAGGAAACCAUCAAAAAGUUUGACAGCAACAUCUCAGAGAUGACAGCCAGUUUCAGUGAAACAGCUCAAGGGAUAUUUGUCCAUUGCCGAGACCUGGAGGACAGCCAUCACAAGAAUAUACAAAAGAUUGCUAACACUACUCUGGAGAUGGUGGCUAAGGGUGAAUCUGAGGACGAUUUGCCGGAUGAUGUUCGAAUGCUGUUCUUGGACAAAAACACAGUGAUGGACACACUAGCUGCCAGCCAUGAUAACCAUCUGCAGACAAUCAAUGACAGAGAGACUCAGUUGGUUACCCGUGCCGAAGUCUGGAAAGUGGCCCUCAUUAAAAGGAUUGAAGACACAGAACUUACACGCAACCGUAUGCGCAUCGCAGACAUCCACAGAUAUGCAGACUAUUUGAGGGGGCAGCUGGAAAAGUUGCUGUAAUGCCAUCACUACGGGACUAUGGAAAAGUUUUACUUGAAUAUUUUUACUUGAUCUGUAAGGACAAUUAUAACAUGUUUUUUAUGUAUUGUUUUCCCUGUACAAAAAUCUCACAGAUUCACUCAUUGUUUUUAAUCAAAUAAUUGACUCAAAAAUAAUGUGUAUUGCAUAUAAGCAUUAGUGUUACAGGUUUACAUGUCUGUACUAAAGUUAUUUAUUGCAAAAUUGACAUUAUCCAUGAAUAAAUUAAGUGAAAGAAGAAUAUAAAUGGGUUUUACUCACGGAAAACUAUAUUUUAAGUACUGUACUUGAAGGGGUCAAGUUACUACAUCUCCCAUAAUGCCAUGUAGCAGUACAGUACCCAAUAAAAUAUCAG